AUGGGUUCAGGAUCGCCCCCGUCUAAGCCGUCUGCUAUUCCGUCCCACAUGUUGAACGGCAGCUCUCCCUUGCAAUCAUCCUCAAGCUCUGGGUCUGGAAACCGAACGCGUGAUGCCCGUGAGCGCGAGAGCCUCAAUACAUCUAUCCGCUCCUCCUUUGCCCCCCGAGUUCCUGCGGGAUUGGGGUUUGAUGUUGAGGAUGUUCAGCCUGCCCCACCUGAUGAUGCUACUGCCCGCGAAGAGGGGGCUACCCACGGUACUCUGGCCAUCCGUGGAAGACCGACCUUGAAUGACCCUCCCCGCGAUCCCCGGGAUGCGGCCGGGCCAUUGACCCCGCCGGCGACGGCAUCCCGCCCCGCCAGCCCCUACACAUUGAACCCCCCGAUUGAUUUCGAUGGGCUUAGCUGGCCCUGCCCUGGAACUCGGCAGCGGUUGGAGUCGACCCCGGAAGAAAAUGAAGAACGUGUGAAGAAGCUUGCAGGUGCCGUACGGACAAUUUUGGAGUGCGUUGGGGAAGAUCCCGAACGCGAAGGCCUUCGCGAGACCCCCGAGCGCUACGCCAAAGCUAUGCUAUACUUUACCAAAGGAUACGAGGAGAAUGUGCGGGACCUAGUCAAUGGGGCUGUUUUCCACGAAGAUCAUGAUGAACUAGUCAUUGUCAAGGACAUUGAUGUGUUCUCCCUGUGUGAACACCACAUGGUCCCCUUUACUGGAAAGAUGCAUAUCGGCUACAUCCCGGAUCGCCGUGUCCUGGGACUUUCGAAAUUGGCCCGCCUGGCUGAGAUGUUCUCCCGCAGACUCCAGGUUCAAGAGCGCUUGACCAAACAAGUGGCUUUGGCUAUUUCAGAAGUGCUGAAGCCUCGUGGUGUUGGUGUUGUCAUGGAAUCCUCCCACCUUUGCAUGGUUAUGCGUGGCGUGCAGAAGGUUGGCAGCACUACCACCACAAGCUGCAUGCUAGGAUGCAUGCGGUCAAGUGCUAAAACCAGAGAGGAGUUCUUGACGCUCCUGAAUCGACGAUAA